AUGUGUGAUGACGAAGUUGCCGCUUUGGUUGUAGAUAAUGGAUCUGGUAUGUGCAAAGCUGGCUUUGCAGGAGAUGAUGCUCCUAGAGCUGUUUUUCCUUCCAUUGUUGGAAGACCCAGGCAUCAGGGUGUGAUGGUUGGUAUGGGUCAGAAAGACAGUUAUGUUGGUGAUGAAGCUCAGAGUAAAAGAGGUAUCUUGACCUUGAAAUAUCCCAUUGAACACGGUAUAGUGACCAACUGGGAUGAUAUGGAAAAGAUCUGGCAUCAUACCUUCUACAAUGAACUGAGAGUAGCCCCAGAAGAACAUCCAGUCCUAUUAACUGAAGCUCCCUUAAAUCCUAAAGCCAAUAGAGAAAAGAUGACACAAAUCAUGUUUGAGACUUUUAACACUCCUGCUAUGUAUGUUGCCAUUCAGGCUGUGUUGUCUCUGUAUGCAUCUGGUAGGACAACUGGUAUUGUUCUUGAUUCUGGAGAUGGUGUUUCUCAUACUGUUCCUAUCUAUGAGGGUUAUGCAUUGCCCCACGCUAUUCUACGUUUAGAUCUAGCUGGCAGAGAUCUUACUGACUACCUUAUGAAGAUUCUUACUGAGCGUGGCUACUCUUUCACAACUACGGCUGAAAGAGAAAUUGUCCGUGAUAUCAAAGAAAAGCUGUGCUAUGUUGCUUUAGACUUCGAACAAGAAAUGGCUACAGCAGCCUCUUCCUCCUCAUUGGAGAAAUCCUAUGAACUGCCCGAUGGUCAAGUCAUCACUAUUGGCAAUGAGAGGUUCAGGUGUCCAGAGGCUCUGUUCCAACCAUCCUUCUUGGGAAUGGAAUCUUGUGGCAUUCAUGAGACUACAUACAACUCUAUCAUGAAGUGUGAUGUGGAUAUCCGUAAAGAUCUAUAUGCAAACACUGUUUUGUCUGGUGGCACCACCAUGUACCCAGGUAUUGCUGAUCGUAUGCAAAAGGAAAUUACUGCCCUCGCCCCAAGCACCAUGAAGAUAAAGAUCAUUGCUCCACCCGAGAGGAAAUACUCUGUAUGGAUUGGAGGUUCCAUCUUAGCCUCACUCCACCUUUCAACAGAUGUGGAUCUCAAAGCAGGAGUAUGACGAAUCUGGGCCAUCCAUAGUCCACCGAAAGUGCUUCUAGAGAACUGUUCUAAAAAUAAUUAAUUCUCUUGUCAUUGUGAUCAAGGUCGAAAUAAUUUUCAUUCCCUCAAAACUAAAGUAAAUCUUAUGUUUGGAGCGCAAGUUUAAAUAAGUUAUUUUCAAGAAUAUUUUUUGUUUUUGGUAAUAAACAAUUUUUAAAAUCUUUA